AGAUACACGAGGAAGUGUUUAGCUAUAGGAGCAAGGCAAACCAUUGCAUACCUGAAUUUUGAGUAAAUUGUUGACCAUCGUCACUUUUUCUGCUACGAUGGAUACUGAUGUUGAGUCCUGUUUAAAAGACUGGAACGAUCUAACACAAGAUUACAAGGAAUUAGAAGCAUUGAACAAAGAAUACCUGACAAAAUUAGAAGAAGUAGGUGAACUUCAAGCAAAAUGUUUAAAAGGAAUUUCUCAUCAAGUGUACAGAAUGAGUGUAAUAUCAAAGUCACUUAAACAGUUACAUGUAAGCGAAGCACAAAAAAGUUUAAGUAAAGAGAUGUUUAAAAGAGAACAACAGUUACAUGAGAUAGAACAAACUUUACCAAAACCAAAUGGUACAUAUCUGCAAAUCAUUUUAGGCAAUGUUAAUGUUUCCAUACUAAACAAAAGUGAUAAGUUCAAGUAUAAAGAUGAAUAUGAAAAAUUUAAAUUAAUCUUAUCUGUAAUUGGUUUUAUUUUAUCUGUAUUAAAUCUGGUAACCAAUGUCAGAACCUUGGAACUUAGUUUCAUGUUCCUUUUAGUCUGGUAUUAUUGUACAUUGACAAUACGAGAAAGUAUAUUAAAGGUAAAUGGAUCAAGGAUAAAAGGUUGGUGGAGAUUUCACCACUUUUUUUCAACUGUAGUAUCUGGUGUAUUAUUAGUAUGGCCUAAUACAGGGCCAUGGUAUGCAUUUAGACAACAAUUUAUGUGGUUCAAUGCUUAUAUCAGUGUAGUACAAUCUCUGCAAUUUUGCUAUCAACGGGGUGUUUUAUAUCGCUUGAAAGCAUUAGGUGAAAGACACAAUAUGGACAUUACUAUUGAAGGUUUCCAUUCGUGGAUGUGGCGUGGAUUAUCAUUUUUAUUACCAUUCCUUUUUGUUGGAUAUCUAUUUCAAUUAUACAAUGCAUAUGUCUUAUACACAUUAAUAUCCCAUAUAGAAGCGACAUGGCACGUUUCAGUCCUCAGCUUAAUGUUCUUAGUGUUAUUCCUAGGUAAUACAAUAACAACUAUCAUGGUAAUUCGCCAAAAAUUAAGAGAACGUGUAAAGUACCACUUUCCUGGAGUAUUUUCUUCUAAGUCUGAACGUAAAAAGGAAGUAAAUGGAGAAAAGGAUGUAAAAGUUCAAAAAUUUGAGUGAAACAAAAUUAAUAAGACUUUUUUAAUGAGGC